AAGUGUGACAAUUUACGGCAGUAAACAUCCUGCAGAGGUCAGUUGUAGAAGAAGGGUACAAGUUGGUAUCCUGUCUGAAGAGUUAUCCCGGUUUUGGAAAUUGUGUGUAUGAUAUGGAUAAUAAUAGUGGCUCUGUGAGUUCCAGAGGAAGUGGCUUUGGGGGGCUUUUCGGGAGCGGAGGACAUGGUUAUUCCAACACGGAGCUGGCUGGUGUACCAUUAACAGGAAUGAGCCCCUUGUCACCGUAUUUAAAUGUGGAUCCCAGGUACCUUGUACAGGAUACAGAUGAAUUCAUAUUACCCACAGGAGCUAAUAAAACAAGAGGCAGAUUUGAGCUAGCUUUUUUCACAAUUGGAGGCUGUUGUAUAACAGGAGCAACAUUUGGUGCUAUGAAUGGUCUACGUCUUGGAUUGAAGGAAACCCGUAUGAUGGCAUGGUCCAAACCAAGAAAUGUGCAAAUUCUGAACAUGGUUACAAAGCAAGGAGCUGUGUGGGCCAACACACUGGGUUCACUAGCUCUGCUCUACAGUGCAUUUGGAGUUGUUAUAGAGAAAACAAGAGGUGCAGAAGAUGACCUAAACACAAUAGCAGCAGGAACCUUGACGGGGCUUUUGUAUAAAUCCACAGCUGGACUUCGUGGGGCAGCAAGAGGUGGGCUUAGUGGGCUUUUGCUUACUGGCCUGUAUGCCCUUUACAACAACUGGGAACACAUAAGAAACUCAUCACAAAGGAUUUCGCUUUGAGCAAAUGCACACAGGACCUCAGCAGGAAGUCAUUAAUCAGCCCUUGAAUGAAUAAACUUUAUUUUCUUGGUACCUGUUUGGAUUAUAAGAAUAAAUUUAUUCCUGAGCAUCAUAUGGUUGUUUUACAAGAGUAAAAAAAAUAGGAAGAGCAACUACUGUUCCAUGGCAUUCUUGCUGCUCAAUCACCAGUAAGUUGUACUUGCUCCUGAAUUCCGACAGUUGUCAUAAUUUAUAAUACUAAAAACUUGAUUCCCAGAAGAUGCUUUUGUAUGUGCGCAUUAAAAUCCUGCAGUUUCACUAUUUCAUCAGUUAUCUUUCCUGUUGUUUUAAAUGAAAUGUGGAGGAAAUUGUAACUCACAAGACAGAUACAGAUCCCCACUCUUGAGCAUAACAGGAAUUGAAAGCACAUCUUUAUUUUUCUUAAAAUGUUUUAACAGUGGACCUAGAUACUGUUUAACAAGACUGUUACUGAAAAUUUUGUGAUGUAAAGUGCACUUUCUUUAGACUUAAGUGUAUGACUAUAUUGGCAAGGGGUUUCUUCAUAGAAAAUGAGAAUAUGCACACAGGUGACAUAGAUACUGGGAAAAUUCAUUGUGACUGCAACUUCUCUGUAUGGCUCCUUUAAUUCUAGCCACAUAUAGUAAUUGCAUACUGUCCUACUGAAAUUGCAUAUGAAUUCAUGAUUCAUCACCCUGUUUGAAAUUGGUAAUAGUUUUAUUUUCCAAAACCACCUUCAUUCAGCUUUUGAUAGUUUUUGCGCACACCCUUGCAUUGUCUCUCUCUCACACACACACACACACACACACACACACACACACACACACACACACACACCAGAUUCAGGUUGCUAAACUGCUUACACAAGUUUCUACAUGGAUAGGUUAUCAGUAAUCCUCCUGUUUGCUCUGUUUAGCAGCUCUUUUGUAUGUAUAGUCUAGCCUGGCCAAAGUAUCAUGAGCUGUUUUAAUUUUGCAGCAUACAUCUAACCUCUCCUUGCUUUAUGCUGCAGAGCAAGGCCUGACAUUUACGGUACCAUCACUGAUAAGUUAUGUACCAACAUUGAGGUACCUGGUUUCAAAUAGCUGUGUCAGAAAUGUGCAUUUAGUUGUUUUAAAACAUUAAAUUGCCCUUAAGAGAAAAUGGCGUGCUGCCUUUUUAGAAUUAGGAUUUAGUAGUACCAGUUAACUCAGAUGCACAUAUUGGCUGCUAAGAAUAUGGUAUUAUACUCCAACAACAGCAAACCACAUUGCAGUGCUCAAAAUAUAUAUAUUUUUUUAUCUCCCCUCUCUUAUUUAGCACUAGUGAAAAUGCCAAUGAUGUACCAUUUUGUGUAAUAGCACAGGCAGAUCUCUGAAACGUUUAGUGCUCUGUAACCAUCUGGACGGACUUUAGACAUAUUUUAAAUUUGAAAUGUUGCACUAUAACUUCGUAAUGUAGUGCUAUUCUAAAAAAGUUGAAACAUGAAUCUUAAUUUGAAAAAUG